CACACAGUUGCCGCAGAUUUGUCGGCUGCACAUCUGACACUUGUUACAGCCUAUGGGUGUGCGAAGAUUGCGUGGUGAUUCGCUGUUUGAGCCGAGCGUUAUCACAGCGACUCACCCGCUACUGCACAAGUGGUAGUUCCAGGAAGCGGAGAAAAUCCUGGAAAUACCAGAGCAAUUUGGCUUCAAAUUUGUAGUAUGAUGGAAGGUUACCUACCUGGUAGCUAGAGCGUAUUGACUUAGUAGUUAUCAUGUAAUUACCAGAUAAUUUCAUGUUGUUACUAGGUAAUUACUUGUUAAUUACCUGGUAAUAAGUUUACCGUAAAAGAAAGCAUUACCAAAAUUUCUAAUCAUGUCACCUCUUAUAGAAAAAGUGAUCCUGCUAUACAGUGACAGCGGUACGUUUUCUUUCUCCAACACCACUUUUAGGUAAAAAUUCAAUCUUGUAAUCUUAAAUGUGAAGAGCAAGCAUGUUCCUGUGUUUUAGACUAUGAUUUAUUUAACUUCUAGAAUAAUCUAUGCUGGAACGUGAGUGUGUUUGCCCUAAAUAUCCUCCCAGUCAUAGGUGCAUCUCCAGGCGAGCUAUUCCUGGGUCUUGACAGCAUUGUCUCCUCUCCCAGCCGGUCCACAUGACACUUUGGGAGCUGAAUCAUGGUGGCAGUUCCCCCAGCUUGAGCAACCAGUUGCUUCUUUCAGUCUGUGACAGCAGCUGCAUGAGCCGAGGCCUGCGCUGUGAUUCGGCUCAGUUGGAUUCCACCAGCGCUGCAGUAGGCAGAGGGGGGAAGAGGGAGCUAAAUUUAGAGGGUGGGUGGGAUUACAUUGCAGGGUCUUCACAGUGGCAGCCCUGCCUUUGCCCUGUCUUUUCCAGCCAGGACCCGCUGCCAAAAGGACCCGUGGCCGCCGACUCCUUCCUCUUUUCACGAACCCCCUUGUUGACCAUUUGUAUCCCCCUCCGGAGAAGCCAUGGACCCCAACGCCAUCAAGGAGGAGCUGCGCCUGUUUCAGAGCACCCUGCUCCAGGAUGGGCUGAAGGAGCUGCUGAAUGAGAACAAGUUCGUGGACUGCACCAUAAAGGUGGGUGACCGCAGCUUCCCCUGCCAUCGGCUCAUCAUGGCCGCCUGCAGCCCUUACUUCAGGGAACUGUUCUUCACAGAGGAUGGGAAGGAGGUGGAAAACACCAAGGAGGUGGUUCUGGAUGAUGUCAACCCCACAGUCCUGGAUAUGAUCAUCCAGUACCUCUAUUCAGCGGAGAUCGACCUCAACGAUGACAAUGUACAGGAUAUUAUCGCUGUGGCCAACAGAUUCCAGAUCCCAUCUGUCUUCACGGUCUGUGUCAACUACCUUCAGAAGAAGCUGUCCCUGAACAACUGUAUGGCCAUUUUCAGGAUGGGUCUGGUUCUCAGCUGUCCCAGACUCGCUAUCGCUGCACGCAACUACAUCGCCGACCGCUUUGAACUCCUCUAUAAGGACGAUGAGUUCCUGAAGCUCGCGGCUCACGAACUGUUCGCAAUCAUCGGAGGAGACUCGCUGAACGUGGCGAAGGAGGAGCUGGUGUUCGAGACGGUCAUGGCCUGGGCCCGUCACGACAAGGAGCGCGUCAAGCUCCUGAAGGAUGCUUUCAACUGCGUCCGCUUCCGCCUGCUGCCAGAGAAGUACUUCAAAGAGAAAGUGGAGACCGAUGAGAUCAUUAAGGCCGACCCCGAGCUCCAGAAGACGCUCCAAGUCAUCAGGGACGCUUUUAAGGGGAAACUUCCAGAGAAACCCCAGAAGAAGGAAGGGGAGGAGGGAGAUGAAGAGGAGAGCCUGUUCCCUGGAUUUCUGAACGACAGCCGCAGACACGGCAUGUACGGGCGGGAUUUCAUCAUGAUGAUCAACGAUACGGCGGCAGUGGCGUAUGAUGUCAAUGAAAACGAGUGCUUCCUGGCGGCCAUGGCGGAACAAGUACCGCGUAACCAUGUCAGCCUGGUGUCCAAGAAGAACCAGCUCUUCAUCAUCGGGGGUCUGUUUGUGGACGAGGACAACAAAGACGUGCCUCUGCAGUGUUACGUCUACUUGGUAAAUACGUCCAUCAAACUCAAUAUGAGUAACUUUCAUAACGUGGUAGCAAGGAGGGUUGGUCAAGGUGCUAAAUGGUUGUUUCUUCUGUCACAGCUGGACCCGCUCACCUCAGAAUGGGUUGCCAUGCCGCCCAUGCCUUCCCCGAGAUGCCUCUUCAACAUCGGCGAGAGCGAGAACCUGCUGUUUGCCGUGGCGGGGAAAGACCUACAGACCAACGAGUCUCUUGACAGCGUGAUGUGCUACGAUGUCGAGUUAGUGAUAUUACUCCCCUGUUUGCCUUUCCCCCCACCUCUCCCUCUUAUCUUAUCUUCUUUCUCACCCUCUCUCUCACCUUUUGACUCUUUUCAGGUGAUAAUUAACUUCAGAAAACAGGGGAAAUUGCUUUUUUAAGUGUUUAAAUGUAAUUAAUUAUUGCCUUACCCCUGUUAGCUCUGCAUUAUGUGGGAGCUUUAUUUUUAAACAUGUAAUUUAAAUCAAACAGUCGGCUCUUCCACGUGGGAAAUCACACCUGCAACUGUGAGACAUAAUUAUAAAAACAAAUGCCUUUAAAUUUAAUCCUGUGGCGGUGAUUCUACAGGAAAAUGAAGUGGAGUGAGACCAAGAAGCUUCCUCUGAAGAUCCACGGCCACGCCGUCGUCUCCCACAAAGGACUGGUGUACUGCAUUGGAGGAAAGACAGAUGACAAGUGAGUAAAUGAGAGUGUGUGUGCGUGUGUGUGUGUGAGACUACGCUGUGAGCUGCAGCUGCUCACGGUCUAUCAUUCUGUCAGUCUGCAGGGCUGCACAGUAUGUCAUGGACAACAAUUACACUGCUACAGUCCAGAGCUAAUGUGUUAUGAUAAUGGAGAGUAAUCUGAUUUGCGCUUCUCUUGCUGCCGCAUUUCACACUAACAGGAACAAAAACAAACCACUGACCGCAUGCUGCGCCCUUAACUGCUUCUGCAGACAUCCUCAAACUGCAGGGUUUUAAUACAGCACCUAAUAAUAGGAGGAUCAAUCAGGGUUGUGUUUUCAGCUGUCAGACAAACAUCAAUCACAGAGCGGAAACAGGUGAGCUUCUCCUGCACUCGGUUUCAGUCAGGGCUCUGUCUGAAAAACUGAGAAAAUGGGGGAAAAAAAAGGUGCGAGAGUCUUCAGAGUGAGUCUUCUUUAAGGGGAGAUCGAAAAUAAUUACAUGUGUGUAAUUUAAGGAGAGGAUUUAAUGGGUUUUUAAAGGAUCUCGAAAAGACAGAAGUGUAGAUAAAGAGUGGAAAAAAAGGAUCAAAUGAACACAACGCAACCUGAAACGCUAAUUACAUACAGGUGGUAGAUAUGAUAUGAUACAGUAAUAUAUGAAAGGCCCUAAUCUGGGAUGGAUUGAGAAUUGGCAUAAAGUUAAAAUACAACAUAAUAUAAAACCCAAUAUGCAGCAAAGGGGUAAUUUAAUAGGAGUGACAUGAUGCUACCAGAUAUAUAAUUUGACAUGCAACAACACAAUUCAUUCACUAUUUUUUAAUAAGCUUAGAGGUUGUGGGAUAAAAUCUACAAUAUAAUGACAUACGUAACAAUCAUAGACUGUAUUUACUACGGACGACUUGGUUCCGCCUUCUGCCAGUUUACGGAUUUGAAGCCGAAAAGCUCUCGAUAUUUCUGCGUUUUUCCUCCAUUUCCUGAAACCAACAUUGCGCAGUAGCGUUGUACACAUUCGGCAGGAGAGUCAUCAAGAGUCGCUGUGAUGACGCUCGGCUCAAACAGCGUAUCCCCCGGGUGAGCUUCGCAAUCUUCGUACACCCAUAGGUUGUAUCAGGUGUCAAUCAUAGGAAACAUGAACAUUUUAAAAAUGGAGCUGUACAGAAAAAAGAGGACUUGAGCACCAACCAGUCUUACGGCAACUACAUGUCAACAUCGAAAGUAGGGGGGAGAAACAUUUAUACUCUGUGUAAUAAAUUUCUAAAGUUUGUCCACAGCCCCAUAGGGAUUGCUGGAGGGGACGGGAUUUAUGACCUAUACUGCAGCCCAUCACCAGGGGGUGCUGUUCUCAGAGUGGCUUCAUAUAUAUAGUUUAGGGUAAUACUCGAGUGACCGUAUUCUGAAUCCCCAAAAAAGAGGACACGAUUAUGCAAGGGCGGAGUCACAGAGUCGCGCAUAGUAAAUUUUUCUUUCGGUUUUCUGAGUGUUUUUUACCUGCUUUUAACUCAGUAAGUCCACGCCACACAAACUCAGACAUUUGAAGAUUUUUAUAAACUCCCCCGGACAAGGCCGGAUAGCCCCUCAAAAAAGAGGACAUGUCUUAUGAAGUGAUAUGAUGCUACCAGAUAUAAUUUGACAUGCUACAACACAAUUGGAUCAAUAUUUAUAAUACGCUAAGAAGCAGUGGGAUAUGGUAUGAGACACGGUAAGACACGAUAUAGUACGAUAAGAUACAAGACAACACAAUGCUGGGUGUGAUAUGAUACAAUACGAUUCAACACAAUACGAUACGGUCUGAUCCAGUCUAAUACGAUAUAGUACAACAUGAUACCAAACGAUACGAUAAGCACAAAUCUCUAAGUUUCCCCUUGAAGGCAACCCUGAUGACUUGGAUCGUCUUCUGUCGACGAUAAAGACGAUAUUAUUUAAUAUUAGAUACACUGCAACAAAAUAAAGGACUCCUAAUAAGACACAUUAAAACACAGAAACAUAAAUUGCCUGAGAAAACGAUAAGAUCAUAACGCAGUGACUUCAGGACUGCUGUUAAAUCACAACCCAUGACACGUGUAAAGAAAUGCACUCAUCCACUGAUCGUCCACCUCGACAUGACCCCUCCUGUGGUUAUUCACUUUUAGCUGGAUGUUUUCUCCGUCUAUCUGUUUUCCUGCUGAUUGUUAAUGGGAUGCUGUUGUCCUUAAAAAAAAUAGAUCUCAUUACUGCUCUGAUGUUGGCGUCACGCUGAAACGCAACACCAGUCCGUUUGUAAAAUUAGCUGAAAAUGAUCAUGAGAUGUGGCGCCAGUUUAAGGACGAAACACUUCAGUAGCACUUUACAAUAACCAGAGUUUAUAAAUGGUAAAUAGAUAUUUUAUUAACGUUAAAUCAUCAUUUUUAAACAGCAUAUAGACCAAUUAUAAAUGGCAAACAGUUUAUUAAUGUAAGUUAAUCGUUGCUUUACCAUUAACCAUUUACCAUUAAUUUGCUUAUUAUUAUUUUUUUUUUCUGAGUCUUUUUUUUUUUUUGGUUUUGUUGUUGUGUUUUGUUUUGUUUUCUAUCUAACCAUUGGAAUAAGAUGUUUUGAAUAUUUUGAUUUAGUAAGAAGGAUAGGCGAUAAUAAGCUCUUGCUUCAGCCUAUGCCUUUUCGGUCGGGUUUUCUUUUCUUGUAAUCUACUGUAUAUAUUGAAUGGAUAUGACCAGAUCAAAAUAAACUAAACUUCGUAAACAAGCAAUAAAAUUAUGAUUAAUAAUUUUCAUUAAUUAUUAAUGGACUAUUUAUUAAAAGUUUAUAUAGGGUUUAAAUAUUGGUUGUAAAACAUCUAGAUUCAAAUGUGUAUCAGUAGCACUUUAUAAAUGAUUACUAUUCGGUUUUUAAACCAUCUAUAAACAUUACUUAGAUGGUAAUUAUAAAGUUGCAACUGAUGUUUGUAACACUUUGUAAAUGUUUAAUAAGUGAUUUAUAAACCAUCUAUAAACAUUACCUAGAUAGUUAUUGUAAAGUUAGGGUUAGGUUUUUCAUUAAUGGUCUGUAUGCUACUUAUAAAUGAUGAUUAAACAUUAAUAAACUAUGUGCUCACCAUUUAUAAGUUCAAGGGAUUUUUUUAUUUUGGUCGUCAUGUAACAAACACAGUAACAUACAAUGUUCAUCAGGUACCUGAAGAUCAGGUACUGGAAGAAGAAAUAAAUAAAAUGGAUACAUAAAUAGUGUUAUAAAAGUGUCAUAAAGUUAUGGUUAUUGUCAAGUGUUACCAACUCUUCUGAUAUCCAUUUAUCAGCAUGUUUCUAGUUAAAGGAAGUGCUUUUAAUAGACAUCAUAAAACCACGAUGCAGCGUUCCUAAUGUGAAGAUUUGACUGUUUUUGUGUCCGCAGUAAAGCUCUCAAUAAGAUGUUUGCCUACAACCACAAGCAGUCAGAGUGGAGGGAGCUGGCGGCCAUGAAGACUCCCAGAGCCAUGUUUGGAGCGGUGAUCCACAACAACAAGAUCAUCGUGGCCGGCGGAGUCAACGAGGAGGGCCUCAGUAACGCGUGCGAGGCGUACGACUUCACAACGAACAAGUACGACUCUUAAACUUUUCUUUUUUUGAAUACUGAUCAAAAGUGUGUGAUGUGAGGUGCAAAAGUCCUCCAAAUUGAGAUCUCCGUCUUCCACCUGACCUUCUCCUAAUGCUGCUCCUCCUCAGGUGGGAGCCCUUCACAGAGUUCCCUCAGGAGAGGAGCUCCGUCAACUUACUGAGCAGCGGCGGCUCCCUGUACGCCGUGGGCGGCUUCGCCAUGGUUCAGACGGAGAACAAAGAGGUGGCUCCCACAGAGGUCACUGACGUCUGGCAGUAAGUUUUCUCGCAUUACGGGACCAGAACCAGCAGGUCUUUGUAGUCAACGGGCUGUUUGUUUUGAGGCCUGACCUUCUCUUAUGUCUCGUUAGGUAUGAAGACGAUAAGAAGCAGUGGAGCGGCAUGCUGAGGGAGAUGCGUUACGCUGCCGGCUCCUCCUGCGUGUCCAUGCAUCUGAACGCAGCCAGAAUGCCCAAACUGUAGACAAACAACUUUCUGUCUUUCUUUCUUUCUCACACCCUCCUAACGAGACCUCCUGACUCCCUCCCCUCCCUUCUCCUCCUCUUCUCCCCGGCGAGCUGCCUCCGAGGCGUCUCAUCCUCUGCACUCGGAUUUCUGUGUGUCGAGUUGAUCUUUGACAUUAAUUUUUCUCUGCACUCAGACGAUUUCUAUCUGUACUAUAAACACUCGGCUCUGCUGUCUCUUCAAAGACUGCACCAUCCCUAUAGUAUUGAAAAAAAAAGACGCCACUAUUUGGAUUGAUCUGUGAAGCUCUGUUAACAUAGUUUCUUGCUUUUCUUUUGUAUAAUAAACAUUUGUAAGCCUC